AUGACCUCAAUUAUUCAACCGUCAACACAAUCCUCGUCUUUUUUAUCGUUAUCAUUUGAACCAAAUGUCCGAAAUAAGAAAGUUUUGCCAUUAUUGUCACCACAGCAAAUACACAGUUCAAAGAAUACUCGACAUGUUAUCAAUUGUAACCAUUUAUGCCACAAAUCUUCAGCGGAUGGGAACUUAUUGAAUAAUAUGACACAUCCACAUGUAGUUAAACAUCAUUUGUCUUGUAAACCAGAGGCUACUCCGACUAAUAUUCCAAAGACAUUACUUUUAUCUCCACCACUACCAAUACGUCGUAGACCCGGUGAUUCACUAGCAUCACAUAGUUGUUCAAGAGGUUCAACUAGUCGAUCAUUAUCUUCGGAUCAUUGUGAACGCAAUCAUUCAACUUUAGAUAAUGAAUACUGUCAAACGAAAACUUCUUUUCAGUCAUUAAAUUCAACUACAAAUAAAUUAAUCAAAUCGCAAUCACCUCUAAUGAAAUUGAAAAAGUCUUCACAUUUUAUAUCAUUAACUAAAAGCAAUGAAUUUAAUUCAAAUGAUUUUUUAUAUACUGAAAAUCAUGCAAAUCGUCACCAGGUUACUAAUCAAUUAAAUAAAGAAGAAUUUUCACAUUUUCCUGUUGGUUUUCGAUGGAAUUACAUUUUUGUAAAAUUAUCCAAUUGGUUUCAACGUGUACAUACAAUAAAUUAUUCAAAAACAUCAUCAGAUCAUGUAUCAUCUUCUAUACCGAUACAUAAUAAUAAAUCUGCUUCUAUUUCAAAUUCCUCUCGUUAUCAAAUAAGAAAAUUUGAACCAAUUAGAUCACGAAGUCAAUCAGAUGAAAAAUCUGGCAAAAUUAAAUCUAACUUACGUAAUAAUCAUUUUUUUAGUGAUUCUAAAACAAAAAUACAAUUAUCAAAUGAAAUUAAUAAUCCUAAACGAAAUAUUUUAUCAUCAGAUAUUGAAUGUAUAAACAAUUUGAAAAAGGGAAGUUUACCAUUCUUUUCAUCUUCAUUAAUAUCUAAUGAGAAAUCAGUUGAAAAUUUAAUAGAUUUUUGUCAUACUGAUCAAUCUCCUAUAGUUUCCAAUAAUUAUUCUUGCAGUAAUAGUAACAAUAGUAAUUCAUGUUCGUGUUCAAUUAUGUCGCUCAAUGAUUUAACAUACAGUAAAUUUCAUGAAAUCUCUUCAAAAUAUAAUGAUAUAAAUUGUUUUUGUACUCAAAGUUGUCCAAUAAAUUCACAUCAAUUAAAUGAAUUACAUCUUGAUAAUGAGAUAUCAUUUACAUCAUGUGUAUCUGAUUGUUGUUUUUGUCAAAGAUACCUCAAUUACUGUGAUCAUAAUCGGUUAGUUUCAUUUUCUUCUAAUAAUCAAUAUGAACAAGAUGAUCGAAUUGUACAAUCAUCACAUUAUCAUGAUCUAAAACAACAGUAUUACCAUCAUUAUUAUUCUUGUCAACAUCAUCACCAUUAUCACCAUCAUCAUCAUCAUCACCGUCGACUGCAACAUCAUCAUUUAAGUCAUGAUUUCAAUCAACAUCAUAUAAAGUUCACGAAUAAUCAACACACAACAAAUACAUGUUGUACAAAUUAUCCAAAACAAAACAAAGCUGUAAGAAAUUUUCAUUUGAAUUUAGAAAACCAAUAUACUACUAUUGGUCAACUAGAUCAAAUGAGAUCUGAUUGUAGGAAAAUAUCUCCAUCAAAUAAUAAAAAAAUUGAUUGUUCAUCUCCGGUUAUCACUUUACAGUGUUUAAAUUUGACAGAAAAACAAUCAAAUAGAUUGGACGAUAAUAUUGGAAAUGUAACAAGUGUAGAUAGCAAUAAUAAUAAUAAUAAUAAUAAUAAUAAUAAUAAUAAUAAUAAUAAUAAUAAUAAUAAUAAUAAUAAUAAUAAUAAUACAAUAGAUAAUGAGCUUUCAAUGAAUACAAGAAAUAUCUCAUCAUGUUUCAUAGAUUAUCAUCAACAUCAUAAUCAAACGCUUGUACAAGAUCCUGAGCAUGAAGCUGUUGAGCAUAUGAAUGAAGGUGACAAAAUUGUAAAAUGUACAAACUCAGAAAUUACAUGUUCAAAUUUAGCUAGUGGUAAAUCUUUUGAUGAAAAAGUACAUUCGACGAAUAUUUCAAAAACUGAUGUUACUACUACUACUACUACUACUGCUAAUACAUUUCUUCAUCAAAAGUUUGUAACAGAUUUGAUACUUUUAAAACGCAUUGGUUGGUACUGGGGUCCAUUGACAGUGGAUGAAGCUGAAUUGCUAUUAAAAAACUGCACAGAUGGAACUUUUCUUGUACGUGACAGUAGUCAUGAUUCAUAUAUUUUAAGUGUCAGUUUUCGCUCUGGUGGUCAAAUUUAUCAUACAAGGAUUGAACAUCUGGCUGGUAAAUUUAGCUUGGCUCUAUUAAAUGAUUUAAAUGACAAUAUUUCAUCAAGUGUAGCUGAGUGUAUUGAACGUGUAAUGGUUGAUUCUUUUCAAGAUCGUAUGCAUUUUUUACCAACUGUUGAUGACUCUUCACCAUCUAUUAAUAUUAAUACCAAUGUACAGUUUAUGAAUAAUGAUCAACAUCAAUCUGACCAACAUCGGCAACUUCAACAAUUUAAUAAUCAUAAUAAUAUUAAUAAUAAUACAUCACAAUCAUUCGAAUCCACACGCCGUACUACCUCUACUACACAUAUUAAAGCUUCUUUAAUUCAUCCAUUGUCACGUUUUUUAAUUGUUCCAUCAUUAGUACAUUUAUGUCGUUUUGAAUUGCUGUUACAUGUUCGACAUGAUCAUAUUGAUUUAUUACCAUUACCACCUCAUAUAUUACGUUAUUUAAAAGAAAGUCAAUAUUAUGCAGAAUUUAUUCCAGCUUAUUUAGAAUUAUUAACCAAUAUGAAUAGUAAUAAUGAUAAAGUUUAA